AUGAAAAAUUUACUAAAAACUUUAUUUGGGAAUUGUAGUAAAGAUAAAGGGGAAGUUGACCAUAUAAACGAAGAAGUCAAAAAAAAAGGGGAAACAAAAAAGUUCUUUAGCAAAUUUGUAAAAAAAUCUAUUGUAGAAGAUGAGGAAUGUGAAAGAGCUCAACAUGAGGUUAAAAAAAAGGAUAAAAAAGGUAAUAAAUUAGUGAAUUGGUUUAGAAAAAAAUUCAACAAGAGGAGAAUGGAGAAGAAAACGGUUCCAAUUGAUAAUUUGGAUAUUGGGAAGGAUAGCGAAAGUAGUGAAAAUCUAAGAUAUAGCCCUCUGGCUUCCAAUGAACUUGCAAAUACCAAUGAGUCCAAAGUUAAUUUAUCCAGGACUCCUAAUGAUAAAGGGUCGAUUAACAAUAAACCGCGCAGUGAAUUUAGCGGCCUCGAAUUUUGGGAAUUGGAAAAAAUUCUAAGAAAACCUGAGUACCAAUUGUCGGAAUUUAGAUGCCAUGGCGUUUUAGGAUGCGGCGCGUAUGGGAAGGUAUUCAAAGUCAAGCGUAAGAAUACCUCCCAAAACUAUGCUAUGAAGUUUGUCAAUAGACGAUAUGUAAAUGGCACUGAGGAUAUGGCCUCUAUAAAGUGGAUUCGAGCAGAAUUACAUGUUCUUGAGACUGUCAAGAACCAUCCUUUCCUGGUUGGCCUUCAUUCCUUUUACCAAACUCCCCACAAGUAUAUAUUGCUGAUGGAUUACAUAUCUGGUGGAAAUCUUAGAUGUAUUCUGAAUAGAUAUGGACGACUGGUGGAGGACCAUGCCAUGUUCUACGGAGGAGAAAUUGCAAUUGCUUUAAAAUUUCUACACGACAACGGGAUCAUUCAUCGUGAUCUAAAACCCGAAAAUAUACUCAUAGACCGUGAGGGCCAUACCAAACUAGCCGACUAUGGAGCAUGCAUGGAGGGUUUAGCGAAAGGAGAGAAAGUGAACACAUUCUGUGGGACAAUCCCAUAUAUGGCGCCCGAAAUUUGGCAUGGUGAAUACUAUGAAAAAUAUCAAAUUAUACUUUAA